AUGAAGGUCUCGCUGUUCUUGGUCUUCCUCUCUCUCACUUGUGGUGCUUCUCAGCUGCUAGACACCAAGCAAUUUUUAAUCUACAAUGAUGAUCACAAACGCUGUGUUAAUGUAAUAAGUACGAGUGCUGUUCAAACAGCCGUAUGCAAUCCAGAGAGUGAAUCACAAAAAUUUCGAUGGGUGUCCAAUACUCAGUUGAUGAGCAUCUCCCUUAAAUUAUGUUUGGGAGUGUCCUCCAAGACCGACUGGGUUCAGGUAACUCUUUUCCCCUGUGAUUCAAAAAGUGAUUUACAGAAAUGGGAAUGCAAAAAUGACACCCUUUUUGGAAUCACCGGAGAAGAUUUAUAUUUUAAUUAUGGAAACAAACAAGAAAAGAAUAUUAUGCUUUACAAAGGAUCAGGUCUAUGGAGCAGAUGGAAGAUUCAUGGAACCAAUGAUGACUUGUGUUCUCGAGGCUAUGAAGAAAUGUAUACCCUACUGGGGAAUUCCUAUGGAGCACCAUGUGUGUUUCCUUUUAAGUUUGAGAGCAAGUGGUAUGCCGACUGUACUUCUGCUGGCAGAUCUGAUGGCUGGCUCUGGUGUGGGACUACAACGGAUUAUGAAGUGACCAAACAGUUUGGGUUCUGUCCACUGAAAUUUGCUGGCAGUGAAAGUUUAUGGACCAAAGAUCCAUUGACUGGUAUCUCCUACCAGAUAAAUUCUAAAUCAGCUUUGACUUGGCAUCAAGCAAGAAAGAGCUGUCAACAGCAGCAGUCAGAGCUAUUGAGCGUCACAGAGGUAUCUGAGCAAACAUACCUGACAGGUUUGACUAAUUCACUUACCACAGGACUCUGGAUUGGACUUAAUAGUUUGAGUUUCAACAGUGGAUGGCAAUGGGCUGGCUACAGUCCUUUCAGAUACCUGAACUGGCUUCCAGGAAGUCCAGCACUUGAACCUGGAAAAAGUUGUGUACUCUUGAAUCCUGCAAAAAAUGCCAAAUGGGAAAAUGUAGAAUGCUCCCAGAAACUUGGAUAUAUUUGUAAAAAGGGAAACAGCUCACUAAAUCAAUUCAUUAUUCCCUCAGAAAGUGAUGUUCCUAUUUCCUGCCCAAGCCAGUGGUGGCCAUAUGCAGGUCACUGUUACAAAAUUAGUAGAGAACCCAAAAUACAAAAAGAUGCCAAAAUAACCUGCAGAAAAGAAGGAGGAGAUCUGGCAAGUAUCCAUAGUAUAGAGGAGUUUGACUUCAUCUUUUCUCAGUUGGGAUAUGAGGACACAGAUACACUGUGGAUUGGGUUAAAUGAUCUCAAGCAUCAAAUGUUUUUUGAAUGGAGUGAUGAUACCCCUGUGACCUUCACCAAAUGGUUACCUGGAGAGCCAAGCCAUGCAAAUAACAGGCAGGAAGAUUGUGUCGUGAUGAAGGGAAAAAAUGGGUACUGGGCCGAUCACCCUUGCGAGGGUCAUCAUGGUUAUGUCUGCAAAUCAAAACCACUUUCCACACCACCUGUAGUGGAAGUAGAUACAGGCUGUAAAAAGGGAUGGAAAAGACAUGGUCCUUACUGUUAUAUGAUUGGGCAGACACUUUCAACAUUUGAAGUAGCAAACCAUACCUGCAUAAACCAGAAUGCUUACCUAGUUACUGUGGAAGACAGAUAUGAACAAGCCUUUUUGACCAGUCUUGUUGGAUUGAGGCCUGAAAAAUAUUUUUGGAUUGGACUUUCAGAUGUACAAAACAAAGGGACAUUUAAGUGGACCAUUGAUGAAAAUGUCCAGUUUACUCACUGGAAUUCACUUAUGCCUGGAAGAAAGACAGGGUGCGUUGCCAUGAAAACUGGGAUUGCAGGUGGAUUAUGGGAUGUUCUGAAAUGUGAAGAGAAAGCAAAAUUUGUCUGCAAACACUGGGCAGAGGGAGUAACUCCUCCACCAAUACCUACAACCACCCCUGCUCCAAAAUGUCCAGAUGGGUGGAUUUCCAGUAGCAAGACAAACUUGUGUUUUAAGGUUUUUGGCAACAGCAAAUACUCUAAGAAAACUUGGUUUGAUGCUCGUGACUUUUGUAGAGCAAUAGGUGGGGAUCUUGCCAGAAUCACAAAUAGAGAAGACCAGUCUACAAUAUGGCAGAACAUAGGUACUUCAAAUUACCAUGAUGUGUUUUGGCUGGGAUUGACAAUCGCAAAUACUGAUGAGGGAUUCACCUGGUCGGAUGGUUCCCCAGUGACAUAUGAAAACUGGUCCUAUGGAGAACCGAAUAAUUAUGACAACACUGAAUUUUGUGGUGAGUUGAAGGCUGAUCCUAGCAUGCGCUGGAAUGACAUUAACUGUGAGCUUCUCCGCAAGUGGAUUUGCCAUAUCAAAAAAGGAGAUGAGCUGAAACCGGAGCCCACACCUUCCCCUGAAAGCAACCCACCAGUCACUGAAGAUGGAUGGGUGAUCUAUAAAGAUUACCAGUACUAUUUCAGCAAAGAGAAAAGUACAAUGGAAAAUGCACGGGCAUUCUGCAAGAAGAAUUUUGGAGACAUAGUUACCGUAUCGGGUGAAAGUGAAAAAAAGUUUCUAUGGAAAUAUGUUUCUGCACUUGAUUUGGAGGCCACAUAUUUCAUUGGCUUACUCAUCAGCCUGGAUAAGAAGUUUUCGUGGAUGGAUGGUUCUAAAGUGGACUAUGUGGCUUGGGCUCCAGGUGAACCCAAUUUUGCCAAUGAUGAUGAAAACUGUGUAGUCUUAUAUACCUCUUCUGGUCUUUGGAAUGACAUUAACUGUGGUUUUCCGAAUGCCUUUAUCUGCCAACGACAUAACAGUAGCAUCAAUACUACUGCUUCUCCCACACCACUUCCACCUCUAGGAGGAUGUCGGUGGGGUUGGAAGUUAUUCCAGAACAAGUGCUACAAAAUCUUUGGAGCUAAAGAAGAAGAGAGAAAAAAUUGGCAAGCUGCACGUAAAGAUUGUCAAAGUUAUAAAGGAAAUCUGGUUUCCAUACAUAGUAGAAAAGAACAAGCAUUCCUUACCACUCAGCUACUGGAUUCUACCUAUGAUAGCUGGAUUGGAAUGAAUGACAUCAAUUCAGAGAACAAGUUCCUUUGGACAGAUGGGCGAGGAGUCCAGUAUACAAAUUGGGCAAAAGGUUUUCCUGCUGGACGAAGAAGUCUCCUUUCGUAUGAAGAUGUUGAUUGUGUGGUUAUUGUUGGAGGUCCAUCCCUAGAGGCAGGAAAAUGGAUUGAUGAAAUAUGUGAAAAUGAAAAGGGUUACAUAUGCCAGACUGAUUCUGACCCUGCUCAGCCUCAUCCCGUGACACCAACAUCUGGGAACUUCAUCAAGUUUGGUGACAGUAGUUAUUCAGUAGUGACAUCGAAAAUGAAAUGGAAAGAUGCAAAGGAAUACUGCGAGGGUAGCUCCUCCCAAAUUGCCAGCAUCCUAGAUCCCUAUGUCAAUUCAUUUGUAUGGCUGGAAAUGGAGAAGCACAAUGAACCUAUGUGGAUUGGUCUGAACAGCAACUUGACUCAAGGUGAAUAUGCAUGGAUUGAUAAAUGGAGGAUGAGAUACACAAACUGGGGCCCUGGAGAACCUCAAGUGAAAUCAGGUUGUGUCUAUAUGGAUUUAGAAGGAUUCUGGAAGACAGCACCUUGCAAUGAAAGCUACCAAUUUCUCUGCAAAAAAUCAGAUGUAUCACCUGCCACAGAGCCUCCACAAUUGCCUGGCAGAUGUCCAGAUUCAGAACAAUCAUCUUGGAUCCCUUUCAGUGGUCAUUGCUACUAUAUUGAAUCUUCCUCUACAAGAAGCUGGGGCCAAGCUUUGCUGGAAUGUAGUCGAAUGGGUGCCAGUUUGGUUUCCAUUGAGUCAGCUGUGGAGUCAACCUUUCUGACAUACAAGGUCGAGCCACUUAAAAGCAACAAUUUUUGGAUAGGAAUGUUUAAAAAUGUAGAGGGGAACUGGCUUUGGAUAGACAAUAAUGCAGUAUCUUUUGUCAAUUGGAAAACGGGAGAGCCCUCAAGUGAUCGGAAUGAAGACUGUGUGGAGCUCUAUUCUUCAAGUGGAUUUUGGAACAACCUUUACUGCUCUUCCUACAAAGGGUAUAUUUGUAAACGAGAAAAAAUUGUUGAUGCUAAAACUACUGAGGCGAUAAAAUCAAACGAUGGACCAGAGACUAGGAAAGCCCCCAAAUCUCACAAUUCGGCUGGGAUCAUCGUCGUGGUGGUGCUCCUAAUUCUGACAGGAGUUGGUGCUGCUGCAUAUUUCUUUUACAAGAAAAGACAGGUUCAAAUACCACAGGAAGGGAACUUUGACAACACUCUCUAUUUUAACACAGGAUCCAUUUCAGGAGUCAGUGACACAAAAGAUCUCAUGGGCAACAUUGAACAGAAUGAACACGCUCUCAUUUAGUGAAAUAACAAAAGGACACUUAUAUGUUAUUGUGUUUGAUAAAUUACCCUUUUGGAUAAAACUUUCCCAAACCUUGAGCCAAAGUGGUUGUUUCUGUGUGAAAUUGUAUUAUUCAGAGUGUACUGUCUGUUUCCCAAACCUUUGUACACUGGAGGAAUAGUUGUUCCUUUUUUAGGUCUGGCAAAAUCUUUUCUCAAAAGAGUAAGUAUGAAAUAUUUAGCAAUUAGGCUUACUACAUUUCCCCUGUUUAAUUGUUAUCAUGCUCUCUACCCAGAAUAUGACUUUUAAGAAAAGCUGUCAGAUUCAUGUAAAUCACAUAAUUGAAUAGGACCAAACAAACAAGCAGUAUAGCAGAAACAAAGCUCUUAGCAAAAGUACGUAUCUAAUUCUGCUGAAAUUCUGCAAACAGUUUUCCAGGAGAAAAAGAUGAUUGGGGUCAUAUUUCAUAUCAACAUUCCAUAAUCAUAAGUCUGGGAGAAUUGCAAUUCAGACAAUUUCAGAUGAUGUAAAAAAUUCAGGAAUGUUCCUUGUGGGGCAGUUUUCAUUAUAAAGGCAUUUCAUUAGUAUUGCAUAAUUGCAAAUUGUAUUUUCAUCUGAGAAAAAAAUGUUUUUACAAUACGGAUGUUGCAAAUUUUCUAACUUUCAUCCUGAGUAAUUUAAAAAAUAUUUUCCUCAGGUGCCAGUGGGAUUGAAGUAAAAACACUUAAAAGUUUGCUUCAUCCAAUUUCUUUAAGUGAUGUGAAAUAAAGAGCCCAAAUAAGGUCUAUUUUUAAAA